AGCAGGAGAGCAGCAUCUUGGGUCUCAUUCAACCUUGCGCCAUUGAUUUUGUCGGUUUUCAUUCGCCUCUAAGGACUGGUACGCAGCCAACGAUGGAGUAUUUGAUUCGCUUCGCCCAGGUCCACGAGUCUUUUCGACAGCCCGAAAUCCAGGCGCUGGCUGACUUGGCGGGGGUGGAUCUUGAGUUCCUAUACUACGAUAAAAAUUCCCCAUUCUGCAUCAUCAAAGUACAAGAUGAAGCUACCGCGCGUGCUGUCAUCGCUCGCAGCAUCAUAGCCAAGGACAUAUUUGAGCUUUGGGGCCAAGGCGCCAACUUUGACGACGUCCACGUCGACGUCCGCAGGCGGACAGAGGAUCGCUGGGCCAGGUUCAAGGAUGAUUCAUUCCGCUUUACCAUAGACAGCUUCGCGGGGAAGCGCAACGAGAAAAAGAAGCGCGAAAUUAUCCAAUCUUUCUCGUUUCUUGGAUUCAAAGGUCCCAUCCGGAUGAAGAACCCCGACCAGGAUUUCUGGGUGUUCGAAGACUACGGGUGGGACCUUUCUUCCCCUGAUAUUCUUCGCCCUCGCCCCGAGGGACAGGAACCAAGGACUAUUUACUUUGGACGGUGGAUCGCGAAUAGCAGCCGAGAUGUCAUUAACAAGUAUGAUUUGAAGAAGCGCCGCUAUAUCAGCACCACCUCGAUGGAUGCGGAGCUGACCCUCAUCACGGCCAAUAUGGCGCAUGCGGGCCCCGGGAAGAUUUUCUAUGAUCCUUUUGUGGGAACGGGGAGCUUCCUGGUGGCGAUGUCUCAUUUUGGGUCCCAGACGUUUGGUUCUGAUAUCGACGGGCGCAGUUUCCGGGGGAAGGAGAUGGAGAAGGGCGGUACGAUGGGAGUUUUGUCGAAUUUCCAGCAAUAUGACAACGUGGGAAAGUUUAUGGAUGUGUUUACGUCCGAUCUCACCAAUACACCUUUGCGGUCCUACCAGUUUCUGGACGGCAUUGUCUGUGAUCCACCUUACGGUGUUCGGGAGGGUCUCAGAGUUCUGGGAAGGCGUGAGGGUCUCAAAAACGAAGAGGUCAUUAUCGACGGAAUCCCGGCUCACUAUCGGCCCGGCUAUAUUGCGCCCAAAAAGCCAUAUGGCUUUGAAGCCAUGCUCAACGAUAUCCUCAGCUUUGCCUCCAGAACGCUCGUGACCGGUGGCCGUCUGGCCAUGUGGAUGCCAACUUCCAAUGACGAAGAGGGUGUGGUAUUCCCGGUCCCGAUGCACCCGAACCUGGAGGUUCUGAACGUAUCUGUCCAGCCAUUCUACAGCUGGUCCCGCCGACUCAUCACAUAUCGGAGACUCCCGGAAGGACAGGUCUCGGAUGUCUCACAGGGACGCCAAGUACUCGACUCUGAAGGAGUAUACGCAGAUCAAUUAAACGCUUUCAGGAGGAAGUAUUUCACGAAAAACCAGCACGACACGGUCUCAAAGUCAAGGAAGGAAAGCCCCGCAUCAUAACACAGAUAUAUGUCUGUCCUGCAUCAUAUCAUGUCCCGAAUCACACGAC